AUGGCAGCGGCAACAGCAACACCACAGAUCUCAACCGCGCACCAAACCGACAUCACGCGCAUCCUGGAGUACUGGUUCACGCCGUCGAGUCCUGACGCCAGCAUUACGGAGAAAUGGUUCCGCCCACCGAACCGCGACCAAGUCGACGAAGAAAUCCGCACGAAUUUCGAACCACUGAUCCAGCAGGCGCGGAACGACAGCCUCGACAACUGGACCACCACACCGUUGGGUUCCCUCGCUUUGAUCAUCCUGCUCGACCAGUUUCCCCGGAACAUCUACCGCGGCUCGCACCUCUCGUACGCGUCGGACGCCAAGGCCGUGGACGUUGCGGUCCAAUGCGUCGCACGGGAAUUCGACCACUCGCCAGAAACCCUGACCGAGUUGCAGACUCUCUUCUUCUAUAUGCCCUUGAUGCACGCGGAGAGCCUGAUCCACCAGAUUGCAGGCGUCAGUCUGUUUGAGCUGUUGGCUGCGCGCUGUCUCAGUAGCACCAAGUUGAGCGCCACCGAACGGGAGGAGGUGACGAAAUUCGUGACGAGUUCCCUAAAUUUCGCAAGGGCUCAUCGCGACGUCAUCAUGCGGUUUGGCCGGUUUCCGAGCAGGAACGAGGUGCUUGGGAGGCAGAGUACGCCCGAGGAGGUGCAAUUCCUGAAAGACAAUCCUGGGGGGUUUGCCAUGGGAGGGUCGGGGAGUCGAUAG